GACAUGUGCUCAUGGUGUUUGCUUGUGUGUAGAUUAGGAGUUACGUGGUAGUCUGCGGCACCGUGCCGUAUUGGUGGACAAGGAGGCUAGGGAGUAAGGUUACUCUGCGUUUCUGUGCAGUGAUGACUUGAAAUUUACGGAUUGUUUGCACCCGCUGUCGAUCUCAAGAGGUGUUUGAUACAAUGCAAAGCAAAACACGGACAUGCAACGGACCCGCGGGAUUCCUGUCAUGAUGUCUCAGUCCCAAAAGUUUAAAGGAAGUGCUAAUGACUUUAUGAAUUGGUUCAGAGGCAGAGAAUUUGAAAAGGUUGUGCUUCCUGCCAGCAAGACAUGUAACUCAAAGCAACCCCCAUCAGAAGAGUAUUUCCUACCUCCUAUGGCAGAAUCAGUCCAACAAGAACAGGGAAAGGCAUAUGCUCUCCACUACCAAGAAGAGUUCCUCCGUGACUUAGAGUUAAGUAUUGAACAGCAGGUCAGAAGACGGACUCAUACACUUCAUAAAACUUUGAAUGAUGAUGAUGACUCUGCCUCUGAAGGAAAUGCUGGAGGUGCUCAGAAGGCAAAUGUUUUCCUGCAUUAUGACUUUAGUACCAGAAGGCGAGAAUCAACACUACCAAUUUUCAAUGUUGAAAAAGAAAUACUGGAGAAAAUUACCAACUAUCAAGUAGUUGUUAUUGAGGGAGAAACUGGAUGUGGCAAAUCAACUCAGGUUCCCCAGUUUAUACUUGACGAGGCUGCAGACAAACAUCAGCACUGCAACAUUGUGGUCACCCAACCUCGCAGGAUUGCUGCAAUCUCCUUGGCACGUAGAGUGUGCAAGGAAAGAGGCUGGCAGCUUGGAAAGCUUGUUGGUUACCAGGUUGGAUUGGAUACUUGUAAGGAUGCAGACACCCGUCUUCUGUAUGUGACUACUGAAACUUUGGUGCAGAAACUUAUCCAACAGCGUAAACUUGAUGUUUAUACACACAUCAUACUUGAUGAGGUACAUGAAAGAGACCAGCAUACUGAUUUUGCCCUGCUGAUCAUCAAGAAGCUCAUGCACACAGUUUCUCCAUCUGUUAAGAUCAUACUGAUGUCAGCCACAAUCAACACCUCCAAGUUUGCUCAGUAUUUUGCCACUCCAGUUCUGGGCACCCUUCUUCCUGCACCUGUUGUGUCUGCAGGAGAUGAAACUGUGUAUGCUGUGCAGACAUACUAUUUGGACUCACUUUUUAAUGUGUGCCAGAAAAAGCAUGAUGUGUUGCCUCAUCUUCCCACAAUUGAUCCUGAUGAUCCAGGUGUAUCAGAAGAAAUGUUUAAGCUUGCAGUUGAGAUGGUGAAGUGUUUUGAUGAUCUAGAGAGACAGGAACAUGAACUCAGCUCUAAAGAAUUCUUCAAAAAUAGAGGAGCAGUCCUCGUGUUUCUUCCAGGUUUGGCAGAAAUUGAGCAACUUGUGAAUAUGUUGGCCAAAGAAGCUUCAAAAUAUCAGUGGCAGCUCUACCCACUACAUUCAACCAUUACUAAAGAGGAACAGCAAAAUGUCUUCCUUAUAUCACCAGCUGGUUUUCGGAAAAUCAUAAUUUCUACAAAUAUUGCUGAGAGCUCUAUAACAGUACAAGACAUAAGAUAUGUGAUUGAUUUCUGCCUAACUAAAGUGCUGACUUGUGAUGAGAUAACCAACUAUACUUCACUCAAGCUUGCCUGGACAUCCAAAGCUUCGUGUAAGCAGAGGGCAGGGAGGUGUGGGCGAGUGUCCUCAGGCAGAGUAUACUGCCUAGUUCCUAAACCAUUUUAUGAGACUUUGCCAGACUAUUCCACACCAGAGAUGUGUCACACUCCUCUUAGCCAGGUGAUACUGAAGACUAAAGUGCUUGACAUGGGUGAGCCUCAUUCCAUCUUAGCUUUGGCCCUGGACCCUCCUGAUAUGGGUGACAUUUGUCGUACAAUCCUGAUUCUAAAGCAGAUGGGAGCUUUAUCUGUCACAGCAGGUGGAUGUAGAUCCCAUCUUGAUGGUGAUAUGACAUAUUUAGGGAAGGUCAUAGUUCACCUACCAAUAGAUCCACAUCUGGCAAAGUUGAUUGUAAUGGGCCACAUCUUGGGUUGCCUCAGAGAGUGCGUCAUCAUUGCUGCGAGCUUAUCUUUGAAAUCCUUCCAUGCUCGACCUUUCCAAGAUGAACUCAAUGCCUUCCUCUCCAAAGUAUCAUGGGCAUAUGGAUCUUUCUCGGACUGUCUGGCUGUUCUCAACACCUAUGAUGUUUGGCAGAAUAUGCAGAGCAGAGGUGAAUUUCUUCUGCCUGGUGGCAAGGCAGAAAAAGAAUGGGCAAAGCAUAGUUAUGUACAACUGGGCACCCUUCAAGAUGUGCAUAAGCUAGUGGAAGACCUUACAGAUCGCCUCAAAAGGCUGAAAAUUAUCAUUCAGACCCACCAGAGCACUCCAAGAAAGGAUCAGACACUGAUAUUGAAGAUGUGCAUGGCUGCAGCUUUCUUCCCACAUUACUACAGAAGAACUGUGCCUGAAGAUUAUCAGCGGGAGGUGUGUAGAGAGCUCACUGGACAUGACCCCUUCAGAACAGUGAUACUCAGUGGCCUUCCUGCAGCAACAAAUAUCAUCUAUGAUCAACAGAUUAGAAAUUUAUUUAAGGAAUGUUCUCAGAAUCUUGUCAUCAGCUAUGAAGGAGCUAAGGCAUACAUUCAGUUCCCAAAUCUAGAUGGAUCUUGUGUGAAAGAGGAACAUUUCCAGAGCAUUCCUGGAGGUUGUCCCACUACCAUGCAUCUAGCCUUGAAGAUGAGGCAGGUGCCAAGGAUCAGCCAAAAUUUAUAUAUAACUCUGAUAAGUCCCGAGGAAUCUGAACGGCAACUUCAAGGAAUUCUGGGUCACAGCAGUGGCCAAAAUAGUCCUACUCAAGUAUUGGAUUAUAGGAGCUCAAAGCCUCCAAGACAAACCCUUACAAACCUUAGUGUUAGAGUCACACAGCCAACUAGCAACAGUCUGAAACCCCCAGAGUUACCUUCUGCUAGAAACCACACUUGGGGUGCUUAUGUUACCCAUGUGGUUUCAGCUGGACACUUUUGGGUAAUUUCAAGUGAUGUCAGCAAUAUCAAUAACCUGAAAUAUAUGGAGGAAAUCAUCAUGGCUUCAGUGCAGGAAUUUAGUCCUGUAUCUCUUGCUGUGGUAACUCCUGGAUGUGUCUGUCUUGCUCCAUUUACAGAUAUUCAAGGGAUGCAGGCUUACUAUAGAGCCAGAGUAGAGGAUGUAUUUUCUUCACAAGAUGAAAAGCUCAAGGCACUGGUUUUCUUUGUGGAUUAUGGAAACACUGAAAUUGUUGAUGCUUCAGAUUUAAGACUCCUGCCAAGAAGACUUCGGGAAGUAAACAUGUUGGCAGUAGAAUGUAUGCUGGCAGAAGUGAAACCAAUUGCCAAAUAUUCAGAUGGAUCAUGGGGUCCAGAUGCUACUAAAUGGCUUCAAAAGUAUGCCCUCAAUAAGAGUUUCACAAUUCAGAUAUAUAGUGUUGUGAGUGGAAUGCUGCGAGUGAAUCUGCUAGGAAAGGAAGGUGGCAGGUUUAUCUCUAUCAACCAAAAACUUAUCUCUUUAGGAUUUGCUGUCAAGGCAGAGGAAUUUUAUCUGUCAAAGCAAAAUCAUGAGCUGAGAGCAAUAUACAGCAGUGAAACAGAGGCCCCAGACCACGAUGAAACCAUUACUACAUCAGCUCUUUCAUCUUGCUCAUUCAACCACUUCAGAGACCAUUCAGCAUGUUCUACCAAGGUAAAACUCAGAGGCCCUGACUCUCCUCUGCUUUUGAGGUUUGUAGCCCUGACACCCAGUGGCAGCUCUAAGUUAGUGAAAGUGGAAACUUCUUCAGUAAACUCAACAGCCCUGGAUCUUGAGCCACAAAAUCCUCAUGUAAGACUUCUUGUUGCUGGGAAUGUGACUUUGAACCCAUCAGGAUCCACAGCAACCCUUCACAAUACAACCCUCAUGCCUUCUAUCCCAGGAAUUCUCCCAAUCUGUAUCCUGUUGUUCUGUCCUGUGGCAGAAAUGAGAGUAAACAAGACAGGAACCCAUUAUACUGGGGUACUGGUUGGUUUGGGAUGUGAUGAAAGAACAGGUCAUGUGAUUUAUCCUGCUGAUGAUAUUGAAGUUGCAUUUGAUAUUGACGUCACACAAGAAGAUCUGAUGUUGAUAAACAAAAUUCGAUUUUUGCUCAAUGUUGUGCUGGAGGAGGCUGAGUAUAUACCAGGAGCUACCUUAAUCUCAACCCAAAAGAAUCUACGCCAACUUAUCCUCAGAUUAUUGGAUGAGAAAAGAGGAUACAAAGAACCAGAGCCAUAUCCUUUUCCUUAUUGUUGGAACAAGGUGCCACAGGAAGAUCUAUUAUAUCCAGAGGUUGGUGGAGCAUUAGAUGAUAUUGAAAAAUCAGCAUUUUCUCUUCAUAGAGGAAUAUGUCUUCGUUCUCACAACAUCAUGAAGAGCUCCUAGAUGAUUUUACAAAACUCAAGGACCUGUGCAGAAGAAAGACCUCCAAGAACACCACUACUGCAGCUGCUGCCCAGAGGAAGGAAGGAAAGAUUGGCUGUUGGGUGCCCAUUGAGUCUAUACUAAAUUUGCUUAUAGAAAUAAUACCUUGAUUAAAUGGACCAGUAGAAAAUGCCAAAAUUAAAGUGCAUCACUAGACUCUCUCUCUCUCUCUCUCUCUCUCUCUCUCUCUCUCUCUCUCUCUCUCUCUCUCUCUCUCUCUCUCUCUCUCUCUCUCUCUCUCUCUCUCUCUCUCUCUCUCUCUCUCUCUCUCUCUCUCUCUCUCUCUCCUCUCUCUUCUCUCUCUCUCUCUCUCUCUCUCACUCUCUCUCUCUCUCCAAGGAAACCAUUAUUUUAAAAUUAUGCAUUACAUUCUUGUAUAUAUUAUUAUGAUAAGGAAAUAACCAAUUAGGUUUUUCAUAAUUAUUUUUUUUUAUUUGAUUAGUGAAUACUUUAGAUAUGUUAAAUAAAAUGUUAGAACUUUCUUAUCUGUUGAAUAUUUUGAACUGAUAGUCUGUUUUAGGAAUGAGAAACUCAUGAAUCUUACACGACUUAAGCAGCCAGCUACGUGUAAACUAUUGAGAAAUUAAUUUUAUUUUAUAUUUCAUAUUGUUCACCAGUGUGCAGAUAUUGUCAAUUAAAUUAUUCCCUGUAGUUCUCUUGGUCUGAAUAUUAAAAUUGCCAUUAACUCAUUAUGUACUGUAAUCAUUGCCACUUACCAAGACAUGAAUUAUCAUCCUUUAUUAUAAGAGGUAUAUAACAUUUUGUGGAAUCAUUGUUGGAGAAAUAUUAUUACUAAUUGAUAUCAUAAAGGAAAAUACUGUACUUUGUUUAGUAUUGUCAUUAUGAUUUGGUAACACAUACCUCAUGAGCUUUCACAAAGGCAGUGUCAGCAUCAUAGAUUUUUACAGUACUGUGAAAAGUCUUUAUUCUCAUGUAGCACUGAUGUUGUUUGUUUGUUUUUUUAAUUUUUUUUUAUGCAUUUUAUCAAUGUGUAUAAGAUGUGGUAUACAGUAAGAUGGAUAAAUAACCAAGCCAAUGAUCCUGAAGUUUAUACAAAAAUUUGCAUAUAAUAAGUAAUAUGUUUGGUAAGGUGGGCUGUAUGUUUCUGUAGACAUCAAGGCAUGUUUGUGUGGUAUGCUGUGGAAGUAUGAAAUGAUAAAUUACUUUCAGAAAUUGUGAAAUGACAUCAGUCAUGCUUUCUUAAAGCUAUGCCAGCAUUUUUUUUAUUGCAAUGCAUUUGUUUCAAGCCAAAAGUUAUAUAUUGUAACAAUUAUAGUACUUGCUGAAUAAGACCUAAUGAAUACAAUUUAUUACAAGUGAUAGAGGUUUGCUCUAACUGCACUAAAAAGGUCCAGUGUAUGGAGUUACACACAAUUACAUAUUAUAUAAAUUCUAAUUUUGGAGAUGGAAUUGUUUGGAAAGAGUAUCUAUGUCUUCAUUUAUGUUAUUUACUUAUAGAAUUAUAAAAUCAGUAACAUUCCUGAUUUUCUGAAAUUGUCACUACAUGAAAGAAAAUCCCUAAAGUCCAUACUGCUUAGUAUUAUUUCCAGAAGAAAGAUACUCAUUAGGCAUAAACAGCAUCAAUUUUGUUUUAUGUUCUCCUUUUGCAAUUGAGUAUUGCCUUUUAUCCAGUAACUUUUAUUUUUCAGUGUAUUUACUCAUUAUGUUUUUGGUUUCUUCAUAUAUUUUCAAGUUUCAGCAUGUCUUGGCUACCCAUUUUGCAGGGACAUCUGGUAGGUAUAUAGUAAAUAGCUUGUAUUCCAUCUCUCUCUCUCUCUCUCUCUCUCUCUCUCUCUCUCUCUCUCUCUCUCUCUCUCUCUCUCUCUCUCUCUCUCUCUCUCUCUCUCUCUCUCUCUCUCUCUCUCUCUCUCUCUCUCUCUCUCUCUCUCUCUCUCUCUCUCAAGUUCUUUUGAUCUGAUUAAAUUUUUUGUACCCUUUCAGUGGAAAUAUAUAAAUUGGAAAAAAUACACUCUGUCUCAACAUUUGCAUAAGUUGUAUAUGGAAUCCUGCACUGCAUUCUCUUAAAAGUGAAGCACCUGCUUCCUUAAUGUAAUAUUCAUUGAUUACUAUCAACAAAAUGUAAGGAUGUUCAUGCUUAUUUCCAUCUGUUGCCACUUACAAAAUAUUAAACAAGUCAUACUGGC